CGUGCAGCAUCUUAACCAAGGCCAGACGCUGUUCCUUCGAACCUUCCCUUCUCGCAACGAGCACACGCCCUUGGACCUCAAUAGCUGAGAACCAGAGACGCAAAAUGAGUUCUCCUUAUUCAUCUUUGGUUCUCGUCAACAAUGCGGGCCUCAAUUGGACUCCUGAUGUUGUGCCAGCUUUUGAUGCCACAAUGACGCCUCAUGACAAGCACCCAUCGCUUGUUGGCCUGGUAAUCCUCGUCUUCGAGGCCGUCUUAGAGGUCAUUUGUGUCAGCUUACCUGGAUAUAUCCUCGCCAGGCGUGGCCUCUUCAAGCCAGAACACCAGAAGUUCGUCGCAAACUUGAACAUGUGGAUCUUCACACCCUGUCUCAUAUUCAGCAAGCUCGCCAAGCAAUUAAACCCCAGCCAACUAGCCGAUCUCGCUGUCAUUCCAGUUAUCUUCGUAAUACAGACUGCUGUCUCGUACGGAGUCUCCAUUGGUGUUUCGAAGUUGUUCCGAUUCAGGAAACGAGCAACUAACUUCAUCACGGCCAUGAGCGUUUUUGGAAACUCCAAUUCACUCCCUAUAUCUCUCAUCAUAUCAUUAUCCCAAACCUUGAAGGGGCUAUCUUGGGAUCAAAUCAAGGGUGACCAUAGCGGAUUAGUGUCUGCUCGGGGUAUAUUAUACCUACUGAUCUUCCAACAACUUGGGCAAGUGGUACGGUGGAGCUGGGGCUUCCACAUCCUAUUAGCCAAGAAAGACCAAUAUGAGGAUUAUCGGGAUGAGUGCAUCGAAGAGGGACGCUAUCGUGACGACGACACAUCUAGCGAGGUCUUGAUACCUGGUCUUGACGGCAAUACCGAGAGCUCAGAUGAUGAAACAUAUGUUCCAGCAGGCAGAACUCCGGUCGGCGGUACGGCGGGUACUUCUCCCGCCGAUUCCGAUGACGAAACCGGUGCGCCGAAAAAGCCAUUGGUAACGAUGGGUGAGAACGGCAAUGGUGUCCGCGUUCCAAAUGAGGUGUCCUCCGAUGGCCUGAAUGAUAUUACGACAUUCCCACAUUUGCGUGACAUGGACCAACCGGAGCCUUCCAAAGGGAUCCGGGGCUUCGUGACUCGCUUCAAGUUUGCUCUCCAUAGGGGUUUCAGCCGCACGAAAGAACGUAUGCGCCAAAUAAGCGUACGCACCUACUCCAAGCUACCCCGGUAUAUCAAAGUGCCUCUAGAAAAGACUGGAAAUUUCAUUAGCGAAUUCAUGAAUCCUCCAUUAUGGGCCAUGCUUAUCUCCAUUAUUGUGGCCUCGGUUCCUCGCCUCCAACAGUUGUUCUUCGAAAAGGGGUCGUUUGUUAAGAAUAGCGUCACCGAUGCCGUUGUACAAAGUGGAAACGUUGCCGUACCCAUGAUUCUCGUUGUCCUCGGCGCCAAUCUAGCAAACAACACCAAGGACAGCGAGGCCAAAGAUCCUGAAGAAGCCAAGAUAGGAUCAAGACUCCUUAUUGCGUCACUCAUCAGCCGGAUGGUGCUCCCUACCCUCAUCAUGACACCCAUCAUAGCCCUCACUGCGAAAUACAUUCCUGUUAGCAUAGUGGAUGACCCAAUCUUCAUCGUCGUGUGUUUCCUUCUCACGGGUGCGCCCAGCGCUCUUCAGCUAGCGCAGAUCUGCCAGAUAAAUGAAGUCUACGAAGGCGUCAUGUCCAAGAUUUUGUUCCAGAGCUACGUCGUUUGGUGAGUAUGGCCCACUCAAUAUAAGACACAAUCAGUAACUAACCAUCUGUAGGAUUCUUCCGUCGACGUUGGUUUUGGUGAUGCUGGCACUCGAGACAGUGGAAUGGGCGGGACUCUGAGCUACAUAUUCAAUACCUAGCUAUCGCAGGCGGGGCAGAAAGGGGGGAGGAGCCC